GUGAGCCCGCCACACACACACACGUGCACACACACACACGUGCACACCCAGAGACGACACGUGACCCGGUUGGUCCUGGAGGGAAGGAGGCGGAAGUGAGGGCCGAAGACCAGGCCGAGGCGGGGGACAGGACAGGACAGGACAGGACAGGACAGGACCGGGUCGAGGCCAUGGCGGCCCCCGCGCAGGCCAACCGGGCCCGGGAGGAGCUGAACUGCCGGAUUAAGGAGCAGAAAAUUGUGGUGGACGAACUCUCCAACCUGAAGAAGACCAGAAAAGUGUACAAGCAGCAGCCCAACAGCAACAUCUUCUUCCUGGCCGACCGCGUGGAGAUGCUGUCAGAGAGCAAAAACACAUUAGACGAACUGAAAAAGACGCAUCAGGAAAUGGAUUCCUUGGAGAAGACCAAGGCCAAGAAGUAGCCCGUGGCCUUCGGCCGGCGCGAUGUGCGGCAUCUGCUGUUCCGUCAGCUUCUCGGGGGGGCAGGCUGGGGACCCCGGCCCGGGGGAGGAUCUGCUUGGCAAU